CUACCGGCGGCAGCCGAUAAAUUAUGUCGUCGCCCUACUUUAAACUUAUAAUAAUAUGGUCUUAUAAUACAGCACGUUACGUCUUUCAGAGUAGAAGUUGAUAAAAGCAAAGCAUCUAGUGAUUUGCACAAAUCGUCAAAUGUUCAAAGUCAUACGGAUCGAGGACGGGGCCGAGCUGUCGAUCGAAGAUGGCCCCCGCGGCGACUCCGAGGCCGACCAGUUGGUGGACGUCGAGGGAAGCUGGUCGCCGCAUCCCUGGAUGCAGUCCACUCCAGAUUUCAUCGACCUGGACAGCUACGCGAUGGCGAGAAAUGCCUCCGAGGUGACCAGAGACUCGCGCGCCGCGGCACCGGGCGUCGACGACAUACCCGUGUCAAUCCUGCUGACUCAGCACGGCGAACGAACUCCAACCGUUCCUUUUAAAAACAACGACCUCAGCAAUCCUGUCACGGCAACAGAACGAGACGGCAACGCCGCGGCGGCGACGACAGGCACCGUGGGGGCGCCACGGUGCACCGGGCAAGCACUGGAACCCGACGGUGCGGGGAGACAGUCUCACGCAAGAUUUACAGACCGGCAAGGAGAGAAGCGUGCCGGUGUCUCACCCCACCAGGCAUCGUCAGAUGGCAUUCAAUCAUCCCAGUCAUGCGCCAAGCGCCGGCGAGUCGCCGCCGCGGCCGUGGGAGCAGACGACAAGAUGAAGGUCGCUCGCGUGUUGCCUAGCAACGCGACGGAGAUGCUUCCUUCGGCGACGUCGUACGUCGUCAGAGUCGACACGCCGUUGUCGUGGCAGAGCGUCGCGGAAAAGCCAGGACUUGUGGAAAUAGUGGUGGACAAACCGGUAGACGGGCGCCUUUACGACGACACGGCGGCGCCUGUCUCAUUGACGGCGGGCGCGGAAGGGAGCGAGUGGGGUGAGCUGCCGGUGGUGACCAGCGUAAACGGGAGCCUACCCACCAGGGAUGAGGAGGAGGAGGAGGAGGAGGAGGAGGAACGGGGAAACCGAACGUCGUUUACCGUUCUGCGAGGGGUCGCCGCGGCCGGCGCGGCGUCGAGACACGCCUCAUCGAGCCGUCACGACGCCUCCUCCCCCACACCGAAAAGUGGCCAGCCCCGUCCGACUGGCAACGAGACAAACAAGGUCAACCGGAACGCUGCGGUUUUCGGCAGCGGCGCUACAGCGUCGGCCAGACACCAGAUGGCGCCGGCUGCGAUCUUUGCGACGGAUAAGAAUGCGGUCGUUGAGCAUGUGUCGUCGCAUAAUAGGGAGGCGAAUGCUGCAGAGUCAUCAUCGCCGUGGCAGGAAGAUGCCUACCCAAUGCUACAGCAGCUUGUGAUGGUGGAAGCUGGCAGCAGCGAUGAGGAGGAGGAGGAGGAGAAGGAAGGGCGUGAUCCAACCUCGUGCCACGUGAUGCUCAGGGACGUCACGGUGUCGCGGCCGUGGCUCGACGCCACGCGCAUCAAGACGGAGAACGAUCCGGACUGGCCGAGCGCGGCUGAGGUCGCGCGCUCCCGCUACGGCGGCGCCCCCUGUGCGAGGAAACAAAUCCGUGCGAGCAAGACGGGCGAGCGAUCGGCAAAGAGAGACGGUGGCGCCGCCUAUGCAGGGAAACAAAUCCGUGCGAGCAAGACGGGCGAGCGACCGGCGGAGAGAGACGGUGGCGCCGCCUAUGCGAGAAAACGAAUCCGCGUGAGGAAGACGGGCGAGCGACCGGCGGAGAGAGAUGGUGGCGCCGCCUAUGCGAGAAAACGAAUUCACGCGAGGAAGACGGGCGAGCGACCGGCGGAGAGAGACAGUGGCGCCGCCGCUGCCGCGCCGCGCGAGGGAAAAUUCUUCGAUUGUGACGAGUGCUCGUCGAGUUUCACCCACGGCGGCAUCCUGAAGCGACACCAGGAGGUGCUGCACGCUCCGCGCGCGACGAUGCCGCAUAUGUGCGAGCGCUGCGCGUGCACGUUCGCCAACUUCACGCGCCUCGCUCGCCACCAGGGCGCGCACCGGCGGCAUGACGAGAUGCCGCUCGUCCGCCCCGCGCGUCGCCGCGCCGACUGCCCCGAGUGUGGUCGCGUGCUAGAGUCUCGUCUCAUGCUCGCGUGGCACCGCUGCGACGCUCACGGCGUGCUCAACAAUCGCUUCGUCUGCUGCUGCUUCUGCGCGACGCCGUUCUGGGGCGAGGAAUCGCUGGCCGCCCACGUUAAACGUGAGCACGCCGGCCGCCGCUUCGAGAUCGGCAAGUGCUGCCAGUGCGCCAUGAAGAUGGCCACCGCGACGCACGUCCCCGCCGCCCAGCUGUUCUGCGGCCGGUGCUCGCGCGGCGAUUCUGCUCCGACGAGGGAAGGCGGCAGCAACGCGGCCUCGAAGUGCGACGGUAUCGCCGAGAAUGAGGAGGGGACGUGGUGGGUUGAUUGGAAGACGAAACUCGAGGUGGAGACGUCGCCGUUCGAUCGCAAGAGGAAACCCGAGGAGCCACAGCUGUCGUCGUGCGCGAAGUGCGGGCAGGCGUUUGCGACGGCGUCCUCGCUCGACGAGCACGCGCGGACGUGCAGGGCUGCGACGUGCCCGUGCUGUGACCGCGUGUUCUCGACGGCCUGGUACACGCGCAUGCACCUCGCGUCCGUUCACAACGUGCGCGACGGGUACGGCGCGCUGGCCCAGGACGUCGGGGCGACCGCGACGCAGAACGCCGGCACAGAUCGGAAAACGGAAAGAUCGACAGAAGACCGAAAGACCGAAGGACCCAUCGACAGAAAGACCGAAAAGAACCACCACUCGUCGGCGGCGGCUACGUCGAAAACUGGCGAGUCGUCGGCCCGCUGGGCGGAGGGGCUCGUGACGCAGCCGGCGGAGGGGGCGAUGGCGUGCCCGCGGUGUGGAGGCAUGUUCUCUAAACGCAGCUCACUGCGCCGGCACCUGCGGCUGCGUCGUUGCAAGGGUCCCGGCAGGGCCCUCGUCGCGGCGACGUGCCCACGCUGCCGCCGCGUGUUCGCUUCAUCAGGGUCCAUGCACAAACACAUGACGUCAAACUGCCCGUCUGCAGGGGCGGCCGCCGUCCGCUGCUCGCAUUGCCGAAAGCCGAUCCUAGCGUUCAACAUGGAUCGACACAUGCGCACGAAGCAUCCAGCUGUCGCCAGGAAGAUUCGCUCCGUUGCCGCACCGACGCCUCUGGCAACGACCUCGGCAAAGUCCGUUGCCGUGGCGAGAACCCCGGCAAAGCCCAUUGCCGUGGCGACGACCCCAGCUAAGCCUGUUGCAGCGGCGGCGACCCCGACAAAGCCCGUUGCCGCGGCGACGACCCCGGCAAAGCCUGCUUCCGCGGCGACGUGUCCGCACUGCCAGCGCGUCUUCUCUUCGGCGAAGUACGCGCGGAGACACGCUCUGACGAGCUGCCCGCGUACAGAAGGCGCUCGCGCGAUCAAGUACUGCCCGGAGUGCCAUCACGCCGUACUCGCGACGAACAUGAAUCGUCACAUACGCUACAAGCAUCCCGCGUUGUGCGAGUUCGCGUGCAGCAAGUGCGGCAAGUGCUACCGCACGCACCUCCUGUGCCGCCGCCACGAGCUCCGCAUCCACGGCCACGCGAGGAAGCGCAAGGUCAGUCGUCCCCCCGCCCCUACCCCCGCCGCCGCCCCUGCCCGCACCGCCGCCGCCACCCCCGCCGUUGAUGGUGCGGCGAAGGCGUCGUUCGCGUGCGGGGCGUGCGGAAAGCGCUACCGCACGCACGUCCUGCGCUGCCGCCACGAGCGGCGCAUUCAUGGCCACGCGAUGAGCAAGAUCCGACGCGGUGCCGGCGCAACCGCUGCCGAGCGCUCCCGGCCGUUGCCAGGCGUCGCCCGUGACAUCACCGAGCAGACGGCCUCGCGUCCGCGGGACGAGAAAGCCGGCACGCGAGAGGUAGGAGAGAGGAGGCCUGUUGCAGAGCAGGAGGAGGAGGAGGAGAAGGAGGAGGAGGAGGAGGAGGAAAACGGGAACGCCUGGUGGAGAGCGCGCGAGAAGCUCGACGAUAGAUUUCCACGGCUCUGCCUCCGCCGCGUUGACGAGACAAUGGCGGCCGCAUCCUCCUCCCGGUCUUCCUCUUCUCUCCAAGCAUCACCCUCCUCCGGGGCUUCCCCUAAAGCAGCUUCCUCUUCGGGCCAAACAUCGUCCGCAUCCAGUCUCCUCCAGUCUUCCUUCCAUCGGCCUUCCCCCUCCUCGACCUCGUCCCAGCGGCCCUCCCUCGCCGCGCGGCCGGAGAGAAGAGCGGUCGGGGAGACGGAGCGACUGCGAGAAGAGCUGACCGGGGCCAACGCGGCGCUCGCCGCUGCGCUCAAGAAGAUUCGCUGCCAGCGGAGGGCGCUGCUGCGCGCCGAGUUCGAGAUCAUGCGGCUCAAGAAGGCGGCGAUGGCGGCGAGCAAUCCGGCGCCCUCUGGUGUCGGAAAUGUCUCCGACGACGUCGGCGCUGUGAUGCGUCGCCUCCUCAAUCGAGUCGAACGCGGCGGAGACGUCCCGGCAGCGCCAUCUACUCCUGCCGCUUGCGCCGAGACGAGCGAUUCGGCGCCCCCUGGUGGACGGGAGAGCGACGACGGCCGUGACGAACGCGCCGAAACAUUACGUGAGCUCGACGGGGACGAUGCAGCGCCACCUGUGCCUGUUCUCGGCAUCGAGGUGGCCGAUUUGGCGCCCUCUGGUGGUCGGGAGGUCGGCGACGGUAUACGGGCAGACGCCGUCGUUCGAGACGCCGCCUUGGUGGUCAAUCUCCUCGUUAGUCUGGUCGAACGUGGCGUUGAAUCCCUGUCGGAUGCGGAUCUUCGUGCGACGGAAGCAGAGCAUCUUAGCUCCGCCGACGGAGGAUGCGACGUCGGCACCGAUCGCGUUAGGAAGCGUCGCCGCGGCGACGACACGCCGGCGGACGUCGAAUUUUAGUUUCCGGUUUUUCGAAAUUUAAUGAGUUUAGUUUUUAAGUUGGUUAAUUAAAUUUGUAGGUUUGUGAAUUUCGUCUGGUAUUUCUGGGACGAGCACCAAUUCGCGUUACUCGGUGGAAUUUUGUUAGAUUCAAAUCUGAGAAUUGCAGAAUCAUGUUUUAGCAUGUCAUCGAUUAAAUAAUUAUUUUGUUUUAGGGCGUAAACCUGGUUGUAAAGCGUUAGUUAGUAAGCUCUUAAAUCACAUGCAUCUUAAAUCACAUGCAUGCAUAUUCUUGUGUGAAACUCACGAAAAUUCUUGGAAUUUAGAAAAUCAUUACCUGUAGACGUAGUUAGUUACCCAACUAAAACAAAAUUCAAUUGUCAAUUUUUAACCUGUUCUGUUCAACGUACUCGUGUCAGUCGUCGUUAUAAUGUUAAACAAUGAAAUGAUAUGCUGAUUAAAUUAUAUCUGCAUGUAUUUGUA